AUGAUGUCCACUACAGAUCUUACCCAUGUUGCCAACUUCGACUAUGGCAUCGCCAAAAUAUUUGAUCAGGCACAAGACUUCUUGCCCAUCAACGGCACCGACUACGUAGAAUUGUACGUAGGAAACGCCAAACAAGCCGCACAUUACUACAAAACCGCCUUUGGUUUUCAAUCUUUAGCCUAUAACGGACUCGAAACCGGCAACCGCGAAAGUUGUUCCUACGUGGUGGUGCAAGAUAAAAUCCGCCUGGUGCUUACCACUCCGUUCAAUCCGGAUAGCGAAAUUUCCGAUCACAUCCGUCGCCAUGGCGAUGGCGUAAAAGUCAUAGCACUUUGGGUGGACGAUGCCCGCAAGGCCUACCACGAAACCACCAGCCGUGGCGCCGAAUCUGUCAUGGAGCCGACUGUUUUCUCCGAUGCCGAUGGCGAAGUUGUCAAAGCAACCAUCAAAACCUAUGGCGAUACUGUGCACACCUUCGUAGAGCGCAAAAACUAUAAAGGCACGUUUCUUCCGGGAUUCACAGCUUGGAAAUCCGACUACGAGCCCAAGCCCACCGGACUCAAAUACAUUGACCACAUGGUAGGCAACGUAGAACUUGGCGCCAUGAACAAAUGGGCUAAUUUUUACGGGCAAGUUAUGGGUUUUGCCAACCUCAUCACCUUCGACGACAAAGAUAUCUCCACGCAAUAUACCGCCCUCAUGAGCAAAGUGAUGUCCAACGGCAAUGGUCGCAUCAAGUUUCCGCUCAACGAACCAGCUGCCGGGCUCAAAAAAUCGCAAAUAGAAGAAUAUCUUGACUUUUACGGAGGCCCGGGCUGCCAACACAUCGCCGUAGCCACCGACGAUAUCAUACACACCGUUGGGCAAAUGCGCAAACGCGGCAUCGAAUUUCUGCACAUACCCGGCACCUACUACGACACCAUCGGAGAGCGCGUAGGCAUCAUCCAAGAAGACAUGAAAAAGCUCAAAAAGCUCGGCAUCAUGGUUGAUAGAGACGAAGAAGGCUACUUGCUCCAAAUAUUCACCAAGCCGGUAGAAGAUCGUCCGACCUUAUUUUUCGAAAUCAUACAACGUCGCGGCGCCAAAUCUUUCGGAAAAGGCAACUUCAAAGCCCUUUUUGAGAGCAUAGAAGCCGAGCAAGAACGUCGCGGCACUUUGUAG